GCACCACUGAUCCAAGCCAAGUCAACUUCUAUCCGUGUUCCACUUGGUGGUUUGGCCCGCCUCGUGUGCACAGCGGAGUCGUGGCCAAGACCGGACGUGACUUGGGACAAGGAGGGGCAGCAGAUUUUCGACUCGGAUAAUUAUGCCACGUCUCAAACGGUCUCGGGCCAGUACCACAGUGUUCACGUGCUUGAAAUCCGCCGAGUUGAAAAGCAUCACUAUGGCAGUUACCGGUGCACCGCGCGGAACGACAACGGCAUACACUUCGCGGACAUCGAUUUGGAA